AUGCCCACCUUCACCCGCGCCGUCGUCCUCGGUCUUCAGGCUGCCGCCCUGGUCUCCACUCUCGGUCCCUCGUCGACUCCUCUCGGCGCCCUUGCCCUACCCAUCGCCGCCCCUCCCAUGCGCUUCGCAGACUACGCCGCGAAGAACCCCGGCCUGUUCACCUCCGCCGCGGCUGUGCCGCAGACGGACGUCGUGUCCGCCCCCCAAAACGCAAACACCGCUGCCAUGCCCGUCGCCCGCCGCGCCUCGUCCGCCGCCUCUCACGACGUCCACAGCCGGUCGGUCGCGAUCCUCAGCUCGUUGACCGAGCAGAUGACGAUCAUCAGCGGCCUCGCCGGGCGGUCCGCCGCCGAGGGCAACGACCCCAUCUUCCGCGACAACGCGGUCGCCUCGAUCUCGUCCUUCCAGACCGGGCUGCUGUCCCUCCAGAGCCUGAUCGAGACCGACAAGGGCCUGGGCUUCUACGACAAGAACAACGAGCUGGAGACGGCGAUCAAGGACCUGGUGAACUCGCUCAAGGACACCUUGAAGUACAUCGACGAGCUCGUCGGCAACAUCCCGAUCUUGGGCUCGACUUUGGAACCUGUGGUCUUCCAAAUCAAGUGCAUCCUCAUCGACGUCUUGGACCUGCUGGAGGACGUUCUCGAUCAGCUGAUCAACGAGCUGAAGCCUACCGUCCUGGCACUGAUUGGCAAAGCGACGAACACCGGGUGCGAAUUUGACUGGAAGUGCGAAGGCGUGCUUCUCUGA